AAAAGAAAGAGAAAUUGGUUAAAAGAAAGAGAAUCUCUUGAGUCUUUCUUUUCUCUCUUUCUUUUCUCGGUUUGUUUACAUUUUUUUCCCAAUCACCUCUUAGAAUGUUGUUAAUUGUAAUCAAUUAAUUAACUAAUUUAAGAUUUUACCUUCUAAUUGAAGAUAAUCAAAUUGGAUCUGUUGGGGAAAGAAACUCAAUACAAUUGACAUUUUUUUCCAAUUUUUUUUUCUUCUUCUCUCUUAAUUGUUGAUUAAUUGUGGACAAUGGACUCUUCUGGAAACAGUAUUAACACCAUCACUGGUGAUGAAAGUGUUUGUGUACGUCGUAUAUUGUCAAUCAAUGAUAUGGAUCAUUGGUUUAAAUCAAAGGGCUACAAAGAUGUAACCGCUUUCAUCCGACAAUUAAAUGAUUUUGCCAAAGGUGCUCACAAUCAUCUCUCCGAUAGGUCAACAAUUAAAACACCAUGUUUACUUGGUGUUCUUCAAUUGUUGGACAAUUUAACUAACCUGGUAGAUGAUAUAAAACCCAUUCAAGGUGAUAAGAAUCAACGAUUUGGUAAUAAAGCUUUUCGCCUUUGGUGUGAAGAGAUGAGGAAAAAAUGUUCAUUUCUAUUUGAAGAAAACUUUGACCCAACCCUUAAAGGUGAAUUACUUCCCUAUUUACAAGAAUCAUUUGGUAAUCAACUUCGUAUUGAUUAUGGAACUGGCCAUGAAUUGUCGUUCAUCAUUUUCUUAAUGGGAAUUUACAAGUUGGUCAUUUGUGUGGAUAAUAUUAAACUACCAAUGGAUAAAGCGAAACAAGUGUCACAUGAAUUUUUAACUCUGUUUACCGUUAAUUAUAUGCCCUUGUGUCGUAAGGUUCAAUUGGCCUAUCAAUUGGAACCAGCGGGUUCUCAUGGUGUUUAUUCAUUAGAUGAUUUCCAAUUUUUACCCUUUCUCUUUGGUUCGUCUCAGUUAAUUGCUCAUCCAACUCUUGAGCCGAAAAAUUUUCCUGAUCCUCAAAUAGCUGAAGAUAAUUCAUCUAAAUUCAUGUUCUUUGCAGCGAUUCACUUUAUCCAUCAGGUUAAAAAAGGUCCUUUUCCUGAGCACUCUAAUCAACUUUGGAAUAUCAGUGGUGUCGAAAAUUGGACUAAAAUAAAUCGUGGUCUUCUCAAGAUGUACACAGAUGAAGUUUUGAAUAAAUUUCCAAUCGUUCAACAUUUGGUCUUUGGUCCGAACAUUUUGAUUUGGGAUCUUGCCAGUUGAUUGUUGCGAACUUUUUUCCUCUUCUCCUUUUCUAGUUGUUCAUUAUAUUACAAUUGAGAAAUGAAAUUAAAGUGAAACCUUUACAAUGAUAGGUUAUGGUUUCAAUUAAUUUUUA